AUGUCCGAGUAUGGCAGCGCGUUCGAAGUCUUGGUCUCGCAGAAGGACGCUGCCUUGCAGGACAGGGACAAGUGCUGCGCCCGAGUGGACGCGACGGAUCAGAAAUUACAGAAAGUGUCGCAGUCAGUCUUGGCAGCCAUGAGACGAGAGAUUGCCGAGUCGAUUGUUAAGUCGGGUGUUCUAGAGCCCGGCAACAGGCCCGACAAGGCAGUGACACUCUCGCGAUCCGACUUUGAAUUGGAAAGAACCUCCCUCAACGGCCAGAUCGCGGAACUACGGACGCAGCUACUUGUUGAGAAAGCCAGAAACGGCAAUCUAGAGCAGCGGCUUGAGAGAAUCGAGGCCCAACUUGUCGCCGGCGUGCCCGCAAAGCGACAGGAACCAGACAGUGGUACCGAGGACAAGGUCGCCACCAUGAUGGGUGAGGCGGUGAAGGACCUCGUCACGCGAGAUCAGCUUAACCACGCGGUGCAAGAGCUCGAUGUGCGACUGUCCGCGUCGGACAUGACCCAGAGUGAUCAGUCCUCAAUUCUCCAUGCGUCUGCUGGAGAAAAGACUGGACGCAAGUUGGCUUCGAUGGAGAAGUUCAUACAAGGACUCUACUCGAAUGUUCCGACGGAGGACUCCAACGAGCUUCCAGCAUGCAUUCGGUCGUUGAUGGCGUCGGUGAAUGGCCAAGAGCGAGCCAUUCAAGAACAAGCCGAGCAUCGAGAGGCGACCCAGUCUGCCAUUGAAGAACUGAAGAGAUCGGCGAAUGGUCAAGAGCAGACUGAGUAUCGACGGGCGACCGAGUCCGCCAUUGAAGAACUGAAGAGAUCGGUGAAUGGCCAGGAGCGAGCCAUUCAAGAACAAGCCGAGCAUCGAGAGGCGACCCAGUCUGCCAUUGAAGAGCUGAAGAGGUCGGCGAGUGGUCAAGAGCGAGCCAUUCAAGAGCAGACUGAGCAUCUACAGGCGACCGAUUCCGCCAUUGAAGAACUGAAGAAGUCGGUGAAUAAUCAGGAACGAGCCAUUCAGGAACAAGUCGAGUAUCGACAGACGACCGAGUCCGCCCUUGAAAAUAUGAAAGGCUCGAUGAUCAAAGUCGGAGAGGAUUCGAGUGCCUCAGAAACGCCCCGACAAUCAGUUCUGGAUUUCCCGUCCAUCGACGCCUUGGAAUCAUUUAUACUGACUACGUCCAAGGAGCCGCUCAAAGUACUGAGCACAAACCUCGGGCGCUUUCUGGACACGGAGAGAAAUGAAAGAAUCAAGAUCGCCAGCGAGACCCAAGAAACAGCAUCAUCCCUUCUGAGACUCGAGACAGAGUACGGAGGCCUCGUCAAGACGCAGGAAGAACGACACUCGGGCCUGAUUUCGGAUCUGGCCUUGUUGGGCGAGAAGCUCGGGACGGUGGACUCGAGCCUGACCGCCGUCAAGGACGACUCGAGCAGUUGUUUUGACGAGCUGCAGCUCCAGAUCAGAAGCAUGCAAGGAUGGCAGAACAACUUUACGACGCGUCAAUUGCAUGAGGCUAUCCUCCGCGAGAUGAACAAGCUGGUUCCAAAUGGGCUGAACUCAAUUAUGCAAUUGACAUCACGGAUUGAGUCGAUGGAAGGCUGGCUGAGGUCCGAGCAGAGUUAUGGAGCGAAACGGCGCAAGACGGAGCAUGAAGGCCCCUAUCCGUCGAAUGGCCACGUGACGACCUAG